UUUCUCUGUCACUGGACGUGAUCCCCGAGGAGGAAGCGUCUGCGAACAAUAUCACAAAGUUUUGAGAGAAUGGCGGACAAGACUGUGGAUCGUGGACCAUGGACAGGAUGUGCGGUUAUGUUUCUGCAGUCGCUCUGUCCCAGCGUGAACCUGCUCUCACUCUACAAAGACAAACAGGGAAAGUUCAUUGUUUUCAAAGUCAUCAAACUGACACUUAUAGAUUCUGCAGGAGGUCUGGGUGGUUAUGAGAUACUAAAAGUCCACGACGCUGAUCCCUUUCUGGGGGUGGAGGUGAAGUUUGUGGAUGUGGCGGCGUGUCAGCAGUUCCUCGAGAGCUACAGCUCCGGAGCAGUGCGUCAGUCCCUCUCCCAGCACGCCUGCCGGCUUCUUGCUCUGCCCCAAGAGAUCACUGUGGAAACCCAGCUCAAGGCCAGCACACAUAUCUUGGAUCUCUGUCUGGACAAGCUGGAUCUUUGCCUACAGCACAUCCACCUCUCACAGCCGGAGCGGCUGCGUGAUGAAGAGAUUGAUCAUCUUGAGCAGCAGCUGACGAGCCAGGCCCUUGGUCCUGCCGCGCUGUCGACCCCCCUCACGCAGGAGGAGUCUCCCGUCCCCAGCAACUGCUUCAAGUUUCAGAACAGAGUGUUUGAGGACCGAAUGCUGACAGCAGCAGAUGUUCAGAGCUUUUCUAACGGAGUUGGCCGUCAGUGGAAGCAUGUAGGGAGGGCCCUGGGGAAGAGCUGCCGGGCUCUGAAGGGUCCGGCCAUAGACAACCUGGCCUACGAGUACGAGAGAGAAGGGCUGUAUGAGCAAGCCUAUCAGCUGCUCAGCCGAUUCAUCCAGGCGGAGGGGAGAGCAGCCAAGCUGAGCCGGCUGGUCAAAGCACUGGAAGACUGCAAACUCACCAGCUUGGCUGAAAAUAUUCUGGACGUUCAGCCGCGAGAGUAACUGUGUGUGCUUUCAUUCUGCGUGUACAAGUGCAGAGGUGGAGCAGUCGUGAAAACUGACGGGGGUCAUGUUUUCACUUUGUUGACUUUGUCCUGCCUUCUUUUCUAUGCAGUAUGUCUGAUCUUAGAUGAUGUGUGUCCAUCCUCAUGUUUGAAAUCAUUCCUGAGUGUGUGUGUGCGUGUGUGUGUGUGUGUGUAUGCAUGUUUUGCACAGGUGGUGCGAACACAUGCUAACAUCUCUGUGAGAAUUGAUUGAUCAACGUCUUGAUUUGCUUUUCAAAUAUUAUUACUAAUUAUUCAUUUAGAUGAAAUGUCAUCACUGUCACAGUGUGCUGUGUGAGUUUUUAUGCACUGUUUAAACUGAUUUUAUCAUGUACCUCUUUUAUUUCUGCUCUGUAGGUCGAUUUACAGCUGGAACCUGUUGUGUCUUGUCACUAAUGAGAGCACAACUGAAGGAUAUUGAUUGUUUUUUUUCUACAAAAUGGGUGCAUACAAAUUAAAUUGUUGGAGAAAAAAAGUCCUCAUGUUUGUGUUUGAUGCAUUAGUGUAAUUAAAACUGAAAACAUAAUUUUGUCUAAAUUCCCUCAGGUGUAAUUUAGUGUUAAUACCCCCCCCCUCUCUAUCUGUCCCCCUUCUACCAUCACUGCCUGUCACUCACACACGUGCAUUCGCUCAUAUGAUUAAACUGUGCUGAUUACCGAUGCUGCUGCUAGAUGCGCGUAUGCGCCAGCAUGUGUCACGUUGUGGCAGCUUCAGGGCAGAUAGGUGGAGAUUGCAGCUGAGGUGUGUAUGUGUGGAGCUUUUAUCUCUGCCUGACUGUCAAAGAGGACAUUGAUGGAUGGAGUCACUGCAGGUUGAGGUCCUUCUGGUUUC